AUGGCUCGCACCAAGCAGACAGCGCGGAAGUCAACAGGCGGCAAGGCGCCGCGGAAGCAGCUAGCCACCAAGGUGGCGCGCAAGAGUGCGCCGGCCACGGGGGGCGUGAAGAAGCCGCACCGCUACCAUCCGGGCACCGUGGCGCUGCGCGAGAUCCGGCGCUACCAGAAGUCCACCGAGCUGCUGAUCCGCAAGCUGCCCUUCCAGCGCCUGGUGCGCGAGAUCGCGCAGGACUUCAAGACAGACCUGCGCUUCCAGAGCUCCGCGGUGAUGGCGCUGCAGGAGGCCUGCGAGUCCUACCUCGUGGGCCUCUUCGAGGACACCAACCUGUGCGCCAUCCACGCCAAGCGCGUCACCAUCAUGCCCAAGGACAUCCAGCUGGCCCGUCGCAUUCGCGGAGAGCGCGCGUAGGGGGCGCCGGCUCCUGACCUCGCUCCGCUCACCGACCCAAAGGCUCUUUUCAGAGCCACCCACCGAGUCUGAAAAAGCAGUUGUGACCUAUAGGUCCCUCAGCCUCCUGUGCGGGGACAGGCCUGGCGGUGGACACUCGCUGUUCAGCCC